GCAAGCUGCAAGGCUGCAAGCAUGCAAAACUGUGAAAAUGCAAACCCGCUGGCUACCAGGGGAGCACUACAAAUACGCUGCAUUGCAGCUUCCAUUUUCAAUCCAAGCAAUUCAGCAACCAGCGCUUUCAACAGCUCUCACGCGCACAAACGCUUCCAGCUUCCAUCAACAGUUCUGUCAUCAGUAAGCUUCCCUUCCUGUCUCUCAGCACCAUGGCUCUCACUCCGUGGCUCGUUUCCCGCGACCCCUUCUUCACUGACCCCUUCAGCAUCCUGGACAACUUCAGCACCAACUUUGACUCGUCGCUUACGCCGCAACAGGGCAGGGGCAGCGAGGGCGCUAGGCGCGUUACAGCAUUCGCAAGGGCGCCGGUGGAUGUGAGAGAGAAGGAGGACCAGUACAUCUUUGAGGCGGACUUGCCAGGGUUGACCAAGGACGAGGUCAAGGUGCAGUUGGAGGAGGACGGCAAGGUCUUGGCCAUCUCAGGAGAGCGGAAGCACAACUUUGAGGAGAAGAAGGAGGGCCAGAACUAUCACAGGAUUGAGAGGUCGUACGGCAAGUUUGAGCGCCGCUUCCGUCUGCCCGACAACGCCAAUCCGAGCGACAUCAAGGCCGCAGCCAAGGACGGUGUUCUCACGAUCGCCAUCGCCAAGCAGAAGCCCAAGGAGAACAAGACCGUGGACGUGCAGAUUCACUAGAUAGUCACUGCUCUGAGAGUCUACAGCAUGAUAAGAUAAUAGGGAUCAUAUAAGAGACUCUUGAUGAUUGCAGUGGUUGUCUCGCAGAGUCCAACGAACUAACCAGUCACGAGAUGCGGGAACAGGAAGUUUUGCACCUAUUUGCGGCAUAUCCAUAGCAAUGAUGAGUAUAUAGACAAAGAUUGUUUGUUGCAUAAGCAGCAUGAGACACUGAGCAGAUAGCAUAACAGAUUGCCAGAGUAACCUGAGAGUGACCUAAAUGAACCGUUGAACAUAACCUAUCAUUUAAUCAACUGUCAAAAUUGUUUGUUAAGGUCUGACCGUUCCAGACUACCAAAGGGCCAUCUUUUUGUCACAAGUUUGUGAAAAUCAAAUUUUCUCAUACUGUGUCAAGAAUUGCCUUUCUCCGAUGCCAAC